CGUCAACUUAAAACGAUACAUGCUCGCCAGCGGGCGCGAUCGUCAGUAAAUGCGGUUAACGAAAGUCCACACAGUUCGACGAGUGUCCGUGCGAAGGAUAAUGCGAGUAUGAGUUCUUGAAGUCGAUCAUUUCGAAAAGCAAAAACCAAACGAAUCCCAAUUGGCACAAAAUCAAUUAGUUUGCGGCAGUGGAUAUGCAAAAAGCUUACAUUUGACCCAAAAACGAAUCGAGAAUUCCUCCAAAAUCUCCAAGCAAUAGACAAACUUUGGAUUAGCCGUGCAGCCUCUGAGAAUUUUCGAAAUACUUGAAUUAUGGGCUUGGAAAAACAUUACCUGCGAUAUGGACGCACAGCUAGAGAUCACCUCCUUGACUGGGCUACCUGUGGGCGUGGUCGACGACAGCAGCAGCAGCAGCAGCAACAGCAACAGCAGCAACAGCAACUACAGCAGCAGCCACAGAAUCCACAGCAGCAACACGCACAACCAUUACAGGGGUCAACUGCCACGGGGCGGAGGUCACGCCCCCAUUUGACACACAGGGGAACGCCGCUCUCCAUGCUGAUAUCAAAUGGAGUUAGGAUUAGCAAUAAUAGACUAGCUGUGAUAAUUAUUGGAGUAAUUACUUUAGUCUUAGGCAUUAUUUUAUCAUCCAUGCCCUGGCUGGAUUAUUUUAUACUAAAGAACUUAAGGCUGUGGAAUGAUACGUUGAGCUAUCAUUAUUGGCAAAGGCCAGGGGUCAUUCGACUGACGAAGCUCUACAUCUACAACGUGACCAAUCCAGAUGGCUUCCUUAAGGGGGAGAAACCCCAUCUGCAAGAAGUCGGUCCUUUCGUCUACAGGGAAGACAUGCAGAAGGUGAAUGUCAAGUUUCACGAGAAUAACUAUACUGUGUCAUAUCAGCAUAAGAAGAUACUGCAAUUUGUUCCUGAACUGAGUAUUGAUAAGGACACGCCCAUCACCACCCCUAAUAUUCCUUUGCUGACCCUCACCAGUCUCAGUCCGAAGCUGGGAUAUCUCCUGUCGAAGACCAUUUCCGUCGUGGUCACAGCUGCUCAAUUCAAGCCCUUCAUAAAUGUCACUGCCGAGCAGCUGGCCUUUGGCUACGACGACGCCCUGGUGAGUUUGGCCCACAGGUUUUAUCCGAAGCACAUGAGGCCCAUGGAGAGGAUGGGUCUGCUCCUGGGUCGCAACGGCACCCUCACGGAGGUGUCCUCCGUUAAGACGGGCAUGGAUAGCAUGGAUCAGUUCGGCUACAUUGACCAACUGAACGGAAUGGACCACCUGCCCCACUGGAGUGAGCCUCCUUGCACAAGUAUAGCCGGAUCGGAGGGAUCAUUCUUUCCGCCGCGGGAUCUUACCAAGUCGGACAUGGUUCACAUCUACGACAAGGAUCUGUGCAGAAUUAUCCCGCUCAAAUAUGUGGAGAGCCUGAAAAAGGAUGGCAUUGCGGCGGAUCUGUUCAGGCUGCCCAACAAUUCCUACGGAGAUUCGGCCCACAAUCCCGAGAACAGGUGCUACGAUACCAACGAAUAUGAGCCAAUUCAGGGGCUCCAGAACAUCAGUCCCUGCCAAUACGGAGCCCCAGUUUACAUAUCCAACCCGCAUUUCUUCGAGUCCCAUCCCGAUCUUCUCAAUUCUGUCGAGGGCCUGAAACCAGAACGCGAGAAGCACGAAACGUACUUCAAAAUACAACCGAAACUUGGAGUGCCGCUGGAGGGCAAAGUGCGGAUACAGUUGAACCUAAAGGUGACGCGUGCCAAGGACGUCUAUCCAGUGCGUGAUUUUCGAGACUUUGUCUUUCCGGUGAUGUGGCUGGAAGAGGGCAUCUCCGAGCUGACACCCGCCAUCAAGCGCUGGAUUUAUUUGGGCACAGUCAUAGCACCAAGUGCCGUGCCCAUUGGCUCCUGCCUGAUGAUCAUCGGCGGGGCCUUUGCCAUCAUCUUUAGUUUUGUGCGAGCCUACCAGAGCUACGUUUUCGCCCGGGAUCCCACGCUGGAGAUCCUCGAGAUGGGCAGGAGGUCCUUGAGGCGUGGCAGCAGCUUCAUUGCCCACCAGCAGCACAGGCUGCUGUUGCACCACCGGGACAGCUACUCCCUGCUGAGGCACGGACCCAUUGGCACCUGUUUGGGGGAGGGAGGUCGCGAGGACUCGCAGCCCAUUAUCGAUGAGAGCCUCGUUGCGGGACUAAGUCAGGAGUCAUAGUUGCAGAUUUUAGUUUUAACUAGAUCCUUAAGGUGUGAAUGAUUGAGUCUGAUUGAGUGUGCCUGAAGAUAUUUAACUUUAGUCUCGUUCUGGCCGAAAUCGUGGCAGAUAUGAUACCUGACGUUCUUGCCACUGCAUAAGCAUUAUCCAUACUCAGUUUCCACAUCGAAGCAAUCAAUCAUAAUUCAUCUUGCUGCUACCAACGCCAAAACGGGUUUGCUAGGAACUUGUAUCUUGUAGAUAGACGUAUGAAUUUGUAUACAUUUUUGUCAACGGAAUGCUACAAAUAAUUCACUAGUCAACGAUUACAAUGUGAAAAAUGCAAGCACUCAUUUCUAGUUUCGUUAGCCGUAACGCUUAGUAAGUCGUAGUCCUAAGCUCUAUUUUAUGUAUUUGUUAAAUAAUGUUUAGGCUGAGGAUGUACGAAAUUCUGUAAUAUAAAUGCCAAUUUUUCAAUUGUA